UUUCAAGAUCAGUUCAAAAGCACACGUUCGACAAACGAUGAAGUGUAAAAUAUUUCUCGCGUUCGUUACGAUCUCUUUCUGCAGUCAUGCUCGGUGCUUCCAGUCGUGUGGUGAGAGACAAGUAAAAACUCGCAACCUGAUAACAAAUUCGUUCGAUGUUCAACCCGGGGAUUACCCUUGGCAUGCGGCCAUCUUUCAGCGCUUCCCAAUAAAGCAAUACAUUUGCGGAGGUACCCUGGUUGGCCAAAGUGUUAUAAUUACUUCGGCGCAUUGCGUUAGUGUUCCUGGACGUAGACAGGCAAAGCCCAUCGAUGACUUUGUGGUUCAAGUGGGAAAACAUCUGCUCAACGCCCCGGCAAGUGACUCAGAGCGCGAGUAUUCGCUGAGCUCCGUAAUUGUGCACCAGGCUUCAAGUGCAGAGCAAUCCGAUCACGAUAUCGCGCUACUAAUCACGGAGAAACCGGUUCAGUACGGCAAAUAUGUCCAACCGGCUUGUCUUCCGACGUUUUCCUUGGUCCGUGAUAAUCUGGUUGGUACGAUAGUUGGCUGGGAUUACACCGAAAACAAUACCGUUUCUGAUGUCCUGAAGGCAGCGAAUGUACCGAUCGUUACAAAGGAUGUUUGCAUACGGAGUAAUCUGGAAGCAUUCGCACGCAGUGUGACGGAUGAAAUGUUUUGUGCUGGCUAUCGUAAUGGCACCAAUGCUUGUAACGGAGACAGUGGUGGUGGUCUGUUUCGGAAUGUUCAGGGAAGGUGGUACCUACUGGGAAUCAUAUCAUUCACCGCAGCAAAAAAGCAGAAUGAGAAUCUGUGUAGCUCAACUGACUAUACAGCCUUCGUGAACGUAGCCAAAUAUAGAGAAUGGAUAAAAGAGAACUCAGAUUCUAAUUUCGGACUUUUGUGCUCGGCAAACUCAGCUUUUCAGCUAAAACCGAAAAAACAAUACUACGUUAACAACAACAGGGAGGUUACGUUUCUGGAAGCCUGGAGACUCUGUCAGAGCAUAGGACAACAGCUGGCUACGAUUACAUCCGAAGAGGACAGCCAACUGAUAGAACAAGCAAUAGCCAAAUCUAGCAACACGAAAGGUCCCUGGUUUAUAGGUGGAACCGAUUUGGGCAAUGAAGGACACUUCGUAUGGAUUUCCACUAACAAACCGGUUGGAUAUCAGACUGGAUACCUAAAUUACUCGCCGGGACAACCGGAUAAUGCUGGAGGCAAUGAAAACUGUCUAGAAAUCGGCCGUUGGGGUGGAGUUGUUUGGAACGAUGUCCCGUGCGAGUGGAAGCAGCGCUACAUUUGUGAAUACGUUAGUUGGAACUAGGAAUUUUCUAUCGAUUAAAAGAAAAUAAAUUUUAUUCUACUGGACAAACCGUUCACAAAUAAA